AUGGCUGACUCUGCACAACAUCCUAAUUUAAACCUAACUCCCGAAGAGAAGCGAGUCUUCUAUCAAUUGUUCCAAACUGCAGAUAAGACCAACUUGGGCGUCAUCACCGGGGAAACGGCGGUUUCGUUUUUUGAGAAGACGAACUUGGCUCCUGAGACUUUGGGUUUGAUAUGGCAAAUCGCAGAUACACAGAACCGCGGACUUUUAACGCCGUCUGGGUUUGGAAUUGUCAUGAGAUUGAUCGGUCAUGCGCAGGCGGGCCGACAUCCAACAGAGGAAUUGGCCUUACAACCUGGACCCCUACCUAGUUUCUCUGGCCUCAACAUAGAUGUCCCAACUGCUACAAGUCCGCCUCCAACCGGCCCACCUCUUAGAGUGCCACCGCUAAACCCCGACGAUGUUGCGAAGUUCUCCGCGCUUUUUAAUAAGUCAGAUACACAAAACGGAUAUAUAUCCGGAGAAACUGCCAAGCAAAUAUUCGAGAGAGCUCGAUUACCAAAUGAGAUCCUGGGCAGAAUAUGGAAUCUAGCUGAUUCAAUGCAGCGCGGUGCCUUGGAUGCCACGGAGUUUAUAAUUGCUAUGCAUCUUUUAACCGCCUACAAAUCGGGCGCUUUAAGAGGGAUACCCCAAUCUCUUCCACCGGGGCUGUAUGAAGCUGCGGCGCGGCGAGUAGUAGCCCGGAAUUCGACUGGCUCUCGGUCCAUUCCAGAUGUGCCGCCAGUACCUGCCAUUCCGAAGCAAUUCAGUGGUUCAGGCCAUGUUCCCCGUGCACAGAGCCCCUUAAGCCAGGUACACACAGGAAGUGACUGGCUCAUCACUCCUCAGGACAAAGCACAUUUUGAUAAUGUGUUCUCAACAGUAGACAAAGCAAGAACUGGGUACAUCAAUGGAGACCAGGCUGUUGGCUUCUUCACUAACGCGCGACUGCCAGAGGAGGUCUUAGCACAUAUCUGGGAUCUAUCAGACAUUGACUCUGAUGGCCAGCUGAGUAGGGAUGAAUUUGCUGUUGCCAUGUAUCUAGUGCGGCAGCAGCGGACAACAAAGGAGCCACUACCACAGACCCUACCCCCUAACCUGGUGCCUCCCAGCAUGCGACGCUUGGGUGCCCGUGCUAUCCAGCCCCAGACAACCGGAGCUAGGUCGGCGUCUGAAGACCUUUUUGGCUUGGAUGUGUUCACGGCCCCGACACAGGUGGCCCAGUCUACAGGAGGCUCUGGCUCCCAAUUCCAACCUCCUUCUUCACCCACGCGCCAACCGCCAUCCUCCACAUUUAAACCCUUCGUACCAGCGUCUUCCUUUGGCCAGAGCCUAGGACCUAUUGCCGCCGGUCGCCCGACACUAGCAGCUCAAAAUACCACGGCUUCUCCAUCGGAUGAUCUCCUGGGAGACGCGGAUCCUGAGGAAAGCAAGAAGCUGACUCAGGACACUACUGAUCUUGCAAACCUCUCAAAUCAGGUUGGCACGCUUUCCAAAGAGAUGCAAAAUAUCCAAACCAAGCGCAGUGCUACCGAACAGGACAGUGGUCAAGUCGAGCAACAGAAGAAGGAUUUCGAGGCCAGACUCGCGCAGGCUCGAACAAUGUAUGAAAAUGAAGUGAAGUCACUCAAGGCGCUUGAGGAACGGCUAGCCACCUCGAAGGCAGAGGUCAAGAAACUUGAGCAGGAGUUCUCCCUUAUCGAGGCCUCCCGACGCGACGUGGCUACUCAGUACAAUCAAAUGGCAGCAGCACUGGAAGCCGACCAGCGCGAAAACGCCUCUUUGAAGGAAAAGAUCAAGCAGGCUAAUGCUCAGACAAGCCAGCUAAAACCACAGCUGGAGAAGGUUAAGUCUGAGGCCCGUCAACAAAAGGGACUGGUAGCUAUCAAUAAGAAACAGCUUGCGACUAUUGAGGCUGAACGUGAUCGCCUUCAGGAAGAGCUCGACCAGUACAGCCAGCAAAACGAAGGGUCAGAACGAGAUGCUGCUGCUCCCGGCUCCCAUAAUUCACCAUUCGAAAGCCCUGCCGCGUCAACCGGCAGUCAGGCAAAGAACCCGUUUUUUAGACGUGGAACGGGCGUGUCCUCCCCGGGAACCCUCUCUCCCCAGGCUACCGUUCAAAAGCCGCAACCAAAUGAUAACCGCAGUGUUUUUGACAACAUGUUCGGAUCCUCCUUCGCUCCGUCGUCUACUUCUACCCCACCUCCGCAAACUACCUUCAGAGCCGCGUCCCCUCGCAGUGGAGCAUCCACCCCCGACGCUAGCAGAGUUGCAAGCGGUUCCUUUACUCCUUCUGCAGCUUUUGAUACUCAAUUUGGGGCUGCCGCUGCUGAGCCGCCGGCGCCACCACUCUCGAGGCAGAUUACCCCAAACAAUCUCCCUCUUGAAGGUCACGCAGUAUCCGUGACUUCGUCCAACAGACCUUCCCCACCAGCGAGUCGCUUUGACACCUCGGGUAUUUCAGAGGCUGAUGCUCUAAGAAAACAAUCCUCUCCUUUUGACGAAGAGGCUGGCGAUGAGGCUGCUGGUGCUGCAGACGAUACCACAAAGAGCGGAAUAGAGCCGCAGCCAGUUGUUCCCGGCGCAUUCCCAACAAACACCACGCCACAGCCUGAAAACAAGAAGGAAAUCAGCUUCGAUGAACUCUUUAGUGGUGUGGCACAUGCCAGAUCUCCGUCUCAGAAGGCCUCUGAUUUUGAGGAAGCAUUCGCGUCCAUGAAGAAGCCAGGUGAAAAGACAGAGGGUGACAAAGAUAAAUCCAACGGCUCUGCUGCUGCUGGUAACAACGAAUUUCCCCCAAUUAGGGAAUUUGAUGACGACGAUGAUUCUUCUGACGAUGACCACGCCGGAUUUGACGAUGAUUUCGCCCCCGCCUCUCCUCCCCGGGAUACCACUUCCUCUUCACAAGAACCAUCGAAGGAUGAAGCUCAGAAGUCCAGCUUCGCUCCAACGGACUCAUUCAGCAAGCCUCUUUCUCCACCACCUGGACCAGGUGCCCAGAAUACCCCUCCAGAGUUCAAGGGGUUAGUCCCAGGAAGACAUGAUCCGACCUCGGCGGGCGACGCUCCCCAUUCAGUCGAAUCAACAACGAAAGACCCCAUCAUUGGAGGCGUCCCCCAUCAUGAUGCUGCCAAUAAGAAACCAACAAAUCCUGAUUUUGAAGCAGCUUUUGCCGGACUUGACCUAGCCCCAGCUCAAGAAGUUGAAGAUGACAGUGAUGAUGAUACUUUUGAGAGUCCAUUUAACAAGGACGCGUCUAACUUUGAUAUGUCAUUCGAUACAGCAUCUGGACAACCAAAGCCUGCAAACAGCUCCGGCAAUGCAGAUUUCUUCUCCUUCCAGCCAAGCCCCGGUGCAACAGCUUCCACUAACAACAAAUCUCCAUUCUCCAGCGAGGCCCCUUCUGCUGGUCCAGCAAAGAACGCCAGCUCUAACCAUGACUGGGAUGCUCUGUUUUCUACCCUUGACUCUACUAAAGCCGCCGCUACCGCAAACAAGGACGGUUCUAGUCAUGCCGCAACCGAAAACACUUCAGCCAUGUCGUUCCCACAACCUCCCAGUCAGAACAAACCUGCUGGAUGGGCACUAGAUGCCAGCACAGGUGAAGAUGAUAUGAUCCUCCAGCGGCUGACCGGUAUGGGCUACCCACGCGAUGAAGCUCUUGCCGCCCUGGAGAAAUUUGACUACAAGCUUGAUGAAGUAAGAAAUCUCUUAUUCCUCUCCCCUACGAUUCUCAUACUAACAUGUCUAGGCGGCCGAUUUCCUCGCUUCAAAAUCAUGAACAAUUCAAUGCCUUUUUUCUCAUUGCCAUUGGCACGGCCUCUUGAGUGA